UAUAGUAAGUUUAACAAUAAAAUUAGAACCCAAAAUCAGCACCUGAAUUUUUUUAAUGGAACUUUUAUCAAAGUCCUAAUUCAGGUCUGAAGUACCCCAAACCCUUUCCCCAAUAAUCAUAAAAAUGGCCUAACCCAGCCUGGGUCUGUUAGGAGUACACAUGUGGGCAUAUAGUGUGACUCGGACUGUGUCUCUUCUUUUGGCCCAGGCCAUUGUUCUUUGCACUUACCUGGAGAUGGGGACUUUGAAUCUUCAAGGCCGCUCUGUGGUGGAGCUGGGAGCGGGGACAGGACUAGUGGGCAUCGUGGCUGCUUUGUUGGGUGCUCACGUCACCAUCACAGAUCGGAAAAUAGCUUUAGAAUUUCUUCAGUCCAACGUUCAAGCCAACUUGCCUCACGACAUACGACCGAACGUCGUGGUGAAGGAGUUGACUUGGGGACAAAACCUAGAAAGCUUCUCUCCAGGAGAGUUUGACUUGAUCCUGGGAGCUGAUAUCAUAUACUUGGAAGAGACCUUCUUGGAUCUCCUCGAAACCCUGGAGCACCUGUGCGGCGAGCGCUCGCUCAUUCUUCUGUCCUGCCGUAUCCGCUACGAACGGGACCAGAACUUCUUAAAGAUGCUGGGAGAGCACUUCGCCGUUUCCGAGGUUCACUAUGACCUCGAAAAAGAUGUCCACAUAUAUAAAGCCCACAGGAAGAGCCAGAAGGAAGAUUUAUAAAGUGGAGUUUAUUUAGUGUAUUUAGAAAUACUUUAAAAUUCAGCAAAGGGUGGAUCUCGUUGGGCAAAUGGCGGAUCACUGAAACGAAGGAUGUACAAAUUUCUGAAUCUGGUAGGAUGUUCUCAGGCACUUCGAUGCCAGCAUCAAUCUCGUGGGAGGCUCCUGUGGAUCUUGGUUAGGAGAGGGACUCGCCUUAAGAUUUAUGACUUCCAGAGAAGGAAAAUCCCUGAACGAGGGCAGGUCGGCAUCUUCCCUGAAACUUACUGUAUUCCAAAGUUCCUUAGAGGACCAUGAAGAGAAGGGGCUUGGCUGGGGGUCCCUCAGCCAACGUGUGACCCCGAGUCUCCUGUGGCAGCUCUGGAUGCAGAGCUGAGUCUCACGUGGAUGGUGGAAGGUCAAGUUGAGCCAAUGACUUAGAAUUCAUUGUGAAAUGUUCAGUAUUUACUGAAGAGUUUUCAUGAGGUGAAAGAUAUUUCUGCAUCGCCUGACCUUCUGUUACAGUCUUGUCUUUCUUUGUUGGCCCUGCGUGGAUCUUUUCUACUUUUGUCUGGUGGCUGCCAUUUGUAAUUAGGAGGUACUACAUUUUAUGUUUUCCAAGGUCUAUUUUCAUCUGUGUAAAAAUGGGAUGAGAUGAUUACAAUAAAUAUUUUAGAUAUUUUGAAAA